AUGGCAGCGGAUCACGGUGAGCUGCUGGCUGAGAUGGCCACGAUCGGGCGUCUGAGUGCCACUGAACGCCUGAAGCAUGCCCAGAAGCGUCGUGCUCAGCAGCUGAAGACCUGGGCGCAGAUGGAGAAGGAUGCAGCACGAGGGUCAAGGGCCAAAGCAGAUAAGAAGAAGGCGCGCACCACCAAAAUUAAAUUUUCAAACGCCAUCACCCUGCUAGAUGCAGCUGCACGCAAUGACCUGGAGGAGGUGAGGGAGCUGCUUAACAGUGGCAUCAGCCCAGAUCUGGUCAACGAGGAUGGACUGACAGCCCUACAUCAGUGCUGCAUUGAUGACUUUGUGGAGAUAGUGCAGUGCCUGCUGGAUGCUGGUGCCUGUGUGAAUGCCUGUGACAGUGAGCUGUGGACACCGCUGCAUGCUGCUGCCACCUGUGGACACACUGGACUAGUGCAGCUCCUGAUUCAGACAGGGGCUGACCUGCUGGCUGUCAAUGCGGAUGGCAACAUGCCCUAUGACCUUUGUGAGGAUGAGGCCACCCUUGAGCUGCUGGAGAUGGUUAUGGCUGAACAGGGGAUAACUCAGGACCGUAUAGAUGAAUGUCGAGGGGCUAAAGAGGCAGCCAUGCUGGCUGACAUUCAGGCUCUGGUUCAGAACGGAGCAGACUUAAACGCUCAGGACAAUAAUGGAGCAACACUGCUCCAUAUAGCGUCUGCUAACGGCUACAUGUCUGUGGCGGAACUGUUGCUAGAGCACAGGGCUCAGGUGGAGGGGAAGGACUCUGAUGGCUGGACGCCGCUACAUGCCGCCUCCUGCUGGGGACAAAUCCAAAUGGUGGAACUGUUGGUGGCCCAUGGAGCCAGUUUAAACACCAAGUCUGUCCUGGAGGAGACUCCUCUGGAUGUGUGUAUGGAUGAAGAGGUCAGAGCAAAACUGAUAGACUUAAAGCACAAACACGAUGCUAUCAUGAAGAGCCAGGACCGGCAGAAGGGCACACUGCAAAGACGAGCCUCUAGUACUGGCAGCAGAGGUAAGGUGGUACGUCGUGUCAGUGUGAACGAGCGCUCCAGUCUGUACCGGCGGGAGCACCACAAAGAGGCCAUGGUGUGGCAGGAGCGCGGCGGACAGCCAGAGCCACAGGACGACGAUGAGGACAGACAAACGGACAAUGAGCUGCAUCAGCAUGCCACCAUGGUUGCUGGUGGUGGAGCCACGUCACGUUUAGAAGAACUGGAGGCUGCUGACAGGAAAAUUGUGUCCAGCCUAGGUAAUGGAGGGACCUCUGUUUCUCUGGCCUCCUCUGUACCUGGAGAGCUGUGGAGUGGUGGAGGUCGCAUGGAUCGCAGCGCCUCCUACCAGCUCAGCCCUGCAUCUGGAGCCGGGUUAGGGUCUGCAGAGGGCGAGGGGGCGGACAGUAUGACUCGGGAGAAAUCGCACCACACCCUGGCUGACCUGAAACGCCAGCGGGCAGCUGCCAAGCUCAAUAAGUACCCAGCACCUCCACCACCCCUGCCCUCUUCCUUAGAGGAGGAGCCUUCUGUGGCAGCAGCCGAGGCGACAACCACGCAGGCCCAGCCAGAGCUCCAAAUGACCCCCAACGCAGAGGAGGUGGCCUACACGAGCCAGGUGUACUUCACCCCAGCCAGUGGAGAUCCUCCGCUGCUGAAACUCAGAGCCCCUGAGGAGGACCAGUCUAACAAUAAGGAGCCUUGCUGUGGACUCAUGUAGACAGCCUGACACACACACACACACACACACACACACACACACACACACACACACAUACACACUGCCUACAGAGUGGAGAAGCUGGGCAUGUUACACUCCAAAGUGGCAAAAACCUUUCAAAACAGACAUGCUUGAAAUUAAUCACUGAAGACUGUAAGUUAAAGCCACAUGCCAAUGAGGGUUUACACUGAAGGUCCUAGCAUUCCCUGUUGCUUCUUCUUAUUUAGGAGCUGCACGACCUGUUGGACGUCAGGUGUCUAUUUAGUGACUCAGAGGAGAAUUACAGAUUCCGGUAUUGCAAUCACAAGCAAAGAUUUACUUUGCUCAGUGUUUAUUCAUUACUUUACUCAUCCUCAACUACUGCAGAAUUACAUUUCAUUGAAAAGCCUUAGAAUCAUGUAUAAGUUGAAUUAUCCAUGUAAAGCUGAAUGAAAUUUAAUUGAGAGCUCAAGAUGAUUUGUUUAAAAUGAAGAAUGAGGUUAUAGUUCUGUUUUCUUUACUGAGUGCUAUGACGGGUAUGUGAUCCACAUUUGCAUAGAUUAACAUUAUAAGCAAGAUGUUUUUUGCGGUAAGGAGAUUUCUUGGUCAUGAUAGUUUCAGUAUACGGUAUAGCUAUUCUGAAUUUAAAUUUACACACAGGUGUAAACAAGGACUGUUUCCUUGCUUGAUUUUUUUUUUUUCUUGGACUGAAAAUAUACUGACAUUUACUUUUGUUACUUUUCCAGUGCACAAAAAGCCUACAUUUAUUUGUAAUGCUGCAAUUUGUAAAUUGUUUGUCUCUAAAAGAAUGUGAGCUAAUCGUUAUUUAAAUUAGUGGAUAAUUUACUCAGCCCAUCAUUAUCACUUCUAGAUUUCUAUUUUUCUACCCUCUAAAUGGAAUCACAUUAUUUAUUCUAUCUGAUACUGAAUACGGCCUACAGUGUACAGUUCUUGUACCAUUUUUUGAAAAAAAGAUAAAAGUAUGAAGGCAAGAUAUUUAUCAAAGAGAUAUAGUUUUAUUGUCAAACCAAGUAAACGAUGAUAUGAUGGUGAUAUGAUUAUUUGUCAAAGGUUGGUGCCUUCUUUAGGUGGCAGAUUUGAUAUAGGUUUGCAAUGCUUGCACAAAGUCCCACAUGUAAAUUUGGUGAGCAGUGGGAUAAAAUGAUUAUCAGAUAUGGACUCCAACUUGAUGUGCUGUCAAUGCACUCUAAUUUCUGUUUUGCAUUUCAGUUUUGUUAGUGAUUUUUACUGAGCCCUGUUAGAAAAACUAAAUAUAAAAAUGUUUUCACAAAUGA